UCAGAUCUCAGGGCGCGUUGAUUUGACGACGACAAUUCAAUACGAAUGCAUAAGUAUCUACGACUCGGAAGUUGAAAUGAUUCGUGGAGAUCCCUCAAGCGUCCACCUAGGUCCACCUUCCCAUCUGUUCUCCAGCAGUUCCUGUUGUUACCAACUACGUUGAGUCCACACGUUUGAAGGAUCGCAAUGGCUGCAACACGACUGGAUCAAUACAUAACCUUCGAAUAUCCCGUAACACGCCCUUUCAGCCAUCGCUGGAAAUAUGCGAACUGGUUCCUAUUGAUCUUUGGAGUAUUGAGCCUUGUGGGAUUGUCAGCCGUGAACGUUGACCUUGUCGGCUAUGAUGUCGUGAGCACGAACUCGGACAACUUCAACAUGACGGAUGCCCUUAGUUGGCUCGAGUCAUGGAAGGGAAAGUCGGAUGGGUGUCAGACGCAUCAAUUUCAGCUAGGGGAUACUUUUAGGACGAACACUAGCGCAUUCACUUAUAAGAUCACAAAUAUCGUGACCCAGAACAAGGAUGUCCAGGGAAGUUUCGUCUAUGCGAACAACACAUUGGAAGAUUGUGAUGUCACCGAAGUACAAACUUCAGUCUCAUUGGGAGAUCGGCAGGUUGAGGUUGUGGCCGCGAUAAAUUGCUCCGCAAGGGGGUUUGAAGCAAGUACCUCAUACGCCUACACGAACCACGACGUGAUCGGUACCAUAUCCGCCAGUACAUUCCCUGAGAACAGUCUUCCUCGAGCCAUUUUGGAUCAAAUGAAGGCUUUUGGUCAGGAUGCCUACACCCCAAUCUACGACGGCCAAUAUGUUCUCGCGGAAAACAUCACCACCAGCAGGACUCACAAUGUUGGCGAUCCGCUUUACAAAGUGAUAGCUACUUUCGUCCCAUAUUGUGCGGAUGAUAAUACGACUAUAUGUGAUACAAGGCCUGAGGAGUGGGAACUCACGAUGUAUAAUGGGAUUGCGCAGAGCGAUCUGAGUAUUGUCGCAGAUGCAUCCAACUGCGAAGAUGCCGUGAAAGCGAGUCUAGAUACCCUGCUCAAUUACGUGCAGGUGUUCUAUGCGGGAAUCAGACUGGAUCUGGGACAUUGGACACCCAACAACAUCUUCACGAACGUCACCGCCAUAAAUGAUACCAUCUACGACCCCGUAGAUCCAGCCACCGGCUCACAAGCCUCCAUCGCGCGCUCCUCAAACACCGGCCUUGCAUACGUCAAUCUCACCUCUCCACCCACUGCCGAUGUGGCUUCACCUCCCGCAGUAGCCAAACUGCAGUAUAUCUGUAGUACAAGGAGGAUAAAAGCGCCGGGUACACUCUUCAUGAGUGUGGCAACGUCAACUUUGAGCAUGUUCAUCACCGCUUGGGCAAUAUUGACGACUGCUAUGGCGAUGAUGGCGAAGAGAACUAUUGGAGCGAAUACGUGCGCUGCAUGUAACAAUGGUGUUGAACCGCUGUCCACAGAUUAUUGGGAUAAUCGUGUUCCGACACACUCUUUGCCGAUUGCAAGAUAUGACCCAGUAGAGUUAGGGUCAUCGGAAAGUAUGCGCAAGAGAGGCGAUAGGUUCGAGGUACCGGCGUACAUUAACGGUGGUGGAACGUACCCGGCGGGGAAGUAUGAGGAAGAGGUGACUGUAACGGAGUCACGAUAGCUAGGUACGCUGAGUUUAGGGUCCGGAUUGCAAGCCGGUCAAAAAAGGUGUUUGAGGAAGAGAGGGUGUAGGUCCAUUGACUACACAGUAACUUAUUUGUAUUAUACCUUGGUAUAAUUGAUCGAGCCACAUUAUACCCAAAUUGUAC